AGGAGGAGAGAGGACUUCAAUCAGGGUUUUCAUCCCAACUCGCUACAGUCGAUUCUGAACUUUCGGAUUGAGGGUGCUGGAGGACGCUGUCACAGCUUUUCUUCUCUGCUCUAUUUCAACACGCGUGGAUCGAAGUAAACUUAAUAUGAAAACAUGUCUGUAAAUGAAGUGUACGUUUUCAGACCAUUCAAGUUGAUUGCUUUACUUUGUGUCUUUCUGGCAUUGUGUCUGGACAUUGUAGCGUUAUUGAGUCCCGCCUGGGUAACCGCAGAGCGGUUUUCUUUGUCGCUAUGGGAAUCAUGCACCGAAAAAGACUCUGGCUGGAGAUGCCUUUCCACCCUCAAAUCUGACUGGCAGAUAGCCACCCUCGUGUUGCUGCUGGCCGGUGCUGCGGUGACUCUGGUGGCCUUCCUGGUGGCCCUCAUCUCCCUGUGCCGGGGGACACACAGACAGCACUACCGCACAGUAGCCGUGUUCAUGUUUGCUGCAGUGGUCCUUCAGGCUUGUGCACUGGUCCUCUACCCAAUCAAGUUCAUUGAUGGGACCGUCCUGCAGACCUACCAUGAGUUCAACUGGGGCUACGGACUGGGCUGGGGAGCCACCAUCUUCAUGCUAGGGGGAGGCAUCCUCUUCUGCCUCCGGACGGACAUGUACGAGGACGCUAUGUACUGAGCCCUCAUCUCUCUCCUUCUCCUACUCUCUCUAUCUCUCUCUUGCUCUUUCUGUCACACACACACACACACACACACACACACACACACACACACACACAAAUAAAUAUUCACACCCAUACUCUGGUACAACAACACACACACACACACACACACACAUACACACACACACGCGCGCACGCACGCACACACACACACACACACACACACACACAAAUAAAUAUUCACACCCAUACUCUGGUACAACAACACACACACACACACACAAAUAAAUAUUCACACCCAUACUCUGGUACAACAACAACACACACACACACACAAAUAAAUAUUCACACCCAUACUCUGGUACAACAACAACA